CGUAAUCAGACAACAACAAUUCUCGUUGUGUUCACAACCUGUGAAAUUUUGCAACCCCGAAGAUGAAUGACGGAGAACAUGUAGAUGAUGGCACGACAGUGCGUGUAAGUGUCCUACCUAAUCCACCUUCGGAAUUCGACGUGAAUGAGUCUUUAUCAGGGGCUCUGAUGAACUUAGAGCUCAAGGAUCGCAUUGCUAUACAAGAAGAAAUCCAUGGUGUGCGAUGCGGGGCGGUAGAUGAAACGCCCGAGCUGCUCCGACAGUCAUUGGCAAGAUUCGAUGAGCUACUGAAUGCGAGAAAAGAGAAAGAUCCAGGCAACCGGUUACUGAGGAAUAUAACUCGUAUAUGUCCCUCGGAUUUGGCAACGACAGAAGCAGGCCCAGCGGGUGGCAAUGGAUCUUCCAAGGAACCGGUAAUAAAACCGAAGAAACCGAGUUGCUACCUGAACGAUCCGGAUAUCCGAUUGCGUUUCUUGAGAUGCGAAUGCUUUGCUGUUGAAGAUGCUGUCCAGAGAAUGAUAAAUUUCUUGGAAUUCACGGCCAUUCUGUUUGGCGACUACGUCGCGGAGCGGCAAAUCGAGCUUACAGAUUUCAAUACCAAAGAAGAAGAAAAUGCGCUUCAGAAUUCGAGGAACCAGUACUUGCCAUUCCGUGACAGAAGUGGGAGACGUGUUCUUGUUGGCGUAGGAAACUGCAACUUCCACUUGGAAUAUCGUUUGCGAUACAAAAUCCUGAUGUACUUGUUUUGGGUUGUUUCGGAAGACGUCGAAACACAACGCCGAGGAAUUGUAAUAAUCCACCUGAUUUUCGACGAAGACGGUGUUGAAAAUAUGUGGGAGUCCCAGCUUCGACCUGGCAUAAGAAAAAAAAUUCGAGAGCUUCAUAAAUUGCAAAAUGGGUCCCUACCUGUCCGAGAAGCAGUCAUACACCAGUGCUUAAGAAACACACCAUUUUUUCGUACCUUGGCUGCGAUGUAUGUCUUUGGGUUGGAUGCACAUCAUCGAUCAAUAUAUCAACAGCACUUUGGUAAGUUAUAAUACAAUACAAUGAAGUCGAAGUGUGAUUUCGCCCUGAGAAAUUUGACGUGCCCUUACAAAAUGUGAAUCUCAAUUUAAUAAAUUCUUAAAAGGCGAGUUGACCGAGCUUCUUUACCGAAUGGCCUCCUUCGGAAUAACCCCUGAUUUAAUACCAGUAUCAUCCACGGGAAAGGUGAAGUUUGGCGCUCAUAUUUCCUGGCUGAAGGUUCAACGCAUCAAGUUGCAGACUAAAAAUGAUUCAGAUAUUGUGGAAUGCCCAAGGUUAGUUGAUGUGGUCUUCAAACAUGGACCAGCCUACAAAAACAAUCCUGGAAAUAUGUACUUCAGAGAGUUAAUUGAAAUAAGCCUUGGAGAUCACCUCGAUGGAACGAAGGAUGAAAAAUGCAAAAUUACAAUGCGCAUCCUGAAACAGAUCGAAGCCCGGAAGGGUCGAAUUUUGGAAUGGUCCAAGCGGGAAAGUACUUGGAGGGUUGUCAGAAAUAGGAAUGUCAUGCGCAAAAAAAUUGCUGCCACUUUCAAGCAGCAACAUCGUCAAAGAAAAACAACGACACAAAUGAAGAAGACGAUCGAAAACGCGCUCUAUAUUGCAGCCGACAACGAAACUUCUCGAGAACAAGCAAAUCCGAAACGUUACUACGACUCAGAUCAAUUGUAUCAUGAAAGAAAGCGAGUCAGGACUGGUUGUUUCGAUUGCGACGGUGAUGCGGAAGAUCCCGAUUUCUCUUGUUUUGGAAGAUCGUUUCACCCGACUUGGGGAGGCAAUGAUUAGAAAGAGUUCUCUUCUUUCACGUGUAUUCUACGUUUAUAAAGUGGCUUUUAAAUU